AUGAACGCAUCAACUGGGAACCAACACCAUCAAAUUAAUAUCGUGAAUGCUUCACAUAGUCAGCCAUCACAAUUACCACCAUCAAAUCUACCUCGUAGGGAUCUACUUGAUGGAGGAGAAGACUUCAAUGCAAUUUGUGUUCCUUUGUAUAAAGCGAUAACAACCAACAAUUUUGAAGCUGCUAAACUCAUUCUUGACAAGCGUCCAGAGUUGGUACAGUUUAGCAUCACUGAAAGUGGUGAAACAAUAAUUCAUGCUGCAGUAUUGGGAAAAUCAUGCUUGUUCGUGAAAUAUUUGAUGAGUUUGAUGACAAAGGAAGGCUUAAAACUUCUAAAUGGAAAUGGUGAAACAACCCUGUGCUUAGUAGCUAGAACAGGAAAUGUUGAAAUAGCCAAGACUUUGGUGGAAAAGAAUGAGGGACUGAUAGAUAUCCCUAAUAGUCAAGGAAAGAUGCCCCUCCAAGUGGCUGCUUUAUAUGGAAGGCAUAAUAUGGUGGAGUAUUUAUAUAAAUCUUCUCAACAAAUGAUUGGUCAGUCCUGGACACAUCAAAAUCGGAGUUUGGUUUUUGAGAAUUGCGUUGAGGCUAAUCUAUUUGAUGUCGCAUUGCGAAUAGUGAGCGACCUUCCCGAACUUGCUAUAAAUGGGAGUGUACUCAGAUUAUUGGCUCAAAAAACUCAUGCAUUUCUUCCUAUAGAACGAAACCCUUUUCAAGAAGCCAACCAUAUAGUCAUUCUCUUGCAUAAGGACAAAGAAAGGGAGGCCUUGCUAUUACUAAGGAUCAUUUUGAAAGAGAUUAUGAAAUUGCCCAAGGCUGAAAUUGAUGAUUUAAUAAGAGGGCCACCCGAGGACGAUACAAAGCAAAAAUACCCUUCUCGAUUAUUAUUUCUGGCUGUAGAAAUGGGUAACACUGCAUUUAUAGUUGAGUUCAUUCGACAAUACCCACAUCUGGCCCUCGAGCUAAAUGAUGAUAACCACAGUAUAUUUCAUGUUGCUGUCAUGCAUCGUCAUGUGGGUAUCUACAAUCUAUUAUUGGAGAAAGACCACAUCAGGGAUUUAAUCAUUACUCUCGAAGACAAAAAUGGCAACAACAUUUUGCAUUUAGUUGGGGAGUGUGCAAAGGGUAAUAGACUACCAAACAUCUCAGGAUUGGGCAUGCUAAAGGAUCUAGAACUUCGGUGGUUUAAGAGAGUGGAGAGUAUACUCCCUGGUUAUCUUUACAAACAGAAGAAUGCAAUUGGUCUGACACCCUACGAACUAUUCGUCAAGAACCACAAAGAUAUUUUUUUCGAAGAGGAAAAGUUGAUGAAUGGAACAGCCAGCCAAUUAAUGGUGGUUGCAGCUCUUGUAGCCACCAUCUCAUUUGCAACGAUAUUUACAUUUCCAGGCGGAUACAGCCAAGAGGAUACCGAUAUACUGGAAGUUACUUUACUACCAAUGAAAAUGGAUCACUUUGAUAUCAUCCUUGGCAUGGAUUGGUUGUCUAAACAUCGAGUGACUAUCGACUGCAAAGUCAAACAAAUCGUCUUCGGUGACGUUAAUGAACCCGAAUAUGUGUUCCAGGGUGUUUUACCUGAGAAAGGGACUCGUGUUAUCUCAUAA